AUGGGCGUCCAACCUGGAAUCCGAAUUCGACCUCAUCCGCGCCGCAAUCGGCGAGUUCCCUUUCAUCUCCAUGAACACCGAGUUCCCGGGAGUCGUCUUCAAGCCGUUCAACAACAACCACUCCUCCUACCUCCACCAAAACCCCUCCGACCACUACAAGCUCCUGAAAUCCAACGUCGACGCGCUCAAUCUCAUCCAGGUCGGCCUCACCCUCUCCGACGGCAACCUACCGGAUCUGGGAACCGGAGCGGCGUAGAGGUUCAUUUGGGAGUUCAAUUUUAG